GGCCUAAGGCAAUUUAAAACCCGAUUAUAAAACCCACCCGUUUAUUGCGUUUGACUUUGACACCAACCCGAUUAACGAAUUUCCUAUAGAGAAAGCGGCAAAUUGCCGCUUCAUUUGAAACGUCCUCUUCUCUCAAUCUUCCUUCUUCGACACUCUUCUCUCUCUCUUUUUUUUCAGCACAAGAAAUGAGUUCCGGUUCCUCUCGCUCUGCGAAUUCCGGCCAGAAAUUAAAGCGAAGCUUCAAUUCUAUUCAGUCGAACAGCACUAACAAUAGCAAUACCAGUGUUAAUAACAAUAAAAAGAAUAAAAAAAGUAACCAGAAAACCCUAGGCGUGGCUUGGGGCUCAAAUUCUCUCUCCUCUUCUCGCUCUUCUUUUCGCAAUUCUCCUUUUUCCGAUUUCGGCAGUUACAUGGUAGAAAAGAACCGGAAACUUCAAAACCAGUUUGAUGCAGAAGCUUCGAGUUCUUCAUAUAGUGCUUCGACGUCUGGUAGGCCUAUAUUUCAAGGGGUUUCUAUCUUUGUUGAUGGCUUCACAGUUCCUUCCAGUCAGGAAUUGCGAGGCUACAUGUUGAAGUAUGGUGGAAGAUUUGAGAAUUACUUUUCCAGGCAUCGUGUUACCCAUAUUAUCUGCAGCAAUCUUCCAGAUAGUAAAAUCAAGAAUCUGAGGUCUUUCAGUGGUGGGCUCCCAGUUGUGAAACCAGCGUGGGUUUUGGAUUCUGUUGCUGCUAACAAACUUUUGAGUUGGGUUCCUUACCAACUUGACCAACUUGCUAAUAAUCAACCAAAGUUGUCAUACUUCUUUGCUCUGAAGCGCUGCCAUUUUUCUGAGGAUGCUUCAAUCCCUACGUUUUAUCAAGCAAAACCUGAAACUGUGGAUUCAUCUUUGAACAAUGGCUCAUCAAAGAAUGCUGAUUUAUCUGAACAGGGUGGGUCUGUGCAACAUGAAUGGCAGAUUAGGGUAGAAAUUGAAGACCCUGUAGUAGCUGUUAUGAAUGAAAAAAUGACUGAACAGCAAAGUAGCUUUACUGGAAAAUCUUGUGAAGUAGACACACUAGAACCAAGUAAUGCUGAUGCUGAAAUUGAAAGCUGUGUAAAAGAUGAACUUCAGUCUCGCACCCAUGAACCCUCUCCUUCUAUUAGCAGUUAUUGCGUGGAAAAUAGAGAUAUGAAAGGGUCAAUGAGUUCUAAAAAGUCUCAUUCAACUCUUGGGGAUCCCAAUUUUGUUGAAAAUUAUUUCAAGAGUUCAAGGCUACACUUCAUAGGAACCUGGAGACAUCGUUAUCGUAAGCGUUUCCCCAGCUGUAGUGAGUUCAAGUGUACAAGUUCUAGCUUGAAAGUGCCUUCAGAUGCUCAGAGGACUGCCAUCUUCCAUGUUGACAUGGAUUGCUUCUUUGUCUCAGUGAUCAUCAGGAACCAUCCUGAAUUACAGGAUAAGCCUGUAGCUAUAUGUCAUUCAGACAGUGUGAAAGGAACUGCAGAAAUUUCAUCUGCAAACUAUCCUGCUCGAGAUUAUGGAGUUAAGGCUGGAAUGUUUGUUAGAGAUGCUAAGGCUCUUUGUCCUCACCUCGUCAUUUGCCCAUACAACUUUGAAGCUUAUGAGGAGGUAGCUGAUCAGUUCUAUAACAUCUUGCAUAAGCACUGCACUAGAGUUCAGGCAGUUAGCUGUGAUGAGGCAUUUCUAGAUGUCACAUACUUAGAAGUGGAAGAUCCAGAAAUUUUGGCUUCGAAAAUAAGAAAAGAGAUUUUUGAAACUACGGGAUGCACAGCGAGCACUGGGAUAGCUGGAAAUAUGCUGAUGGCUCGCCUUGCCACUAGAACUGCUAAACCAAAUGGUCAAUGCUACAUCCCUCCACAAAGAGUGGAUGAUUAUCUGCAUCAUCUUCCAAUCAAGGCACUUCCUGGAAUAGGUCAUGUUUUAGAAGAGAAGUUGAGGAAACAAAAUAUUCGGACGUGUGGCCAGUUGCGUAUGAUUUCCAAGGAUUCUCUUCAAAAGGAUUUUGGAGUGAAAACUGGUGAGAUGCUGUGGAAUUAUAGUAGAGGAAUAGAUAAUCGGCAAGUUGGGUUGAUCCAGGAAAGCAAAUCUAUAGGUGCUGAAGUGAAUUGGGGAGUGCGGUUUAGGGAUUUGAAAGAUAGCCAUCAUUUUCUUUUAAACCUUUGCAAGGAGGUUUCAUUACGCUUGCAAGGAUGCGGAGUGCAAGGGCGCAAUUUUACCCUUAAGAUAAAAAAGAGAAAAAAGGAUGCCAAUGAGCCUGUUAAGUAUAUGGGCUGUGGAGACUGUGAUAACUUUAGUCAUUCUAUGACGGUUCCAGUUGCUACUGAUGAUGUGGAAGUGCUUCAAAGGAUAACAAAGCAGCUGUUUGGGUCUUUCCAUUUUGAUGUUAAAGAUAUCCGGGGUAUUGGCUUGCAAGUUUCCAAGCUUGAAAAUGCAGACCCUAAUAAACAAGGGAUUGAAAGAAACACUUUGAAAUCAUGGCUCACAUCUACGUCAGCUAGUACAGAAGAAAAAUCUAAUAUCAGUAGGAUGUCUGAAGGGGGGACUGAUGCGAUUCAGCUUUCUGUUCAAAUGGACCUUAACCUGUCCACGGGUCAAGAUUCUUUGAAUCAGGUUUCAGCUGUACCACCUUUAUGCGAUCUUGAUGUGGGAGUGAUAGAGAAUCUUCCUCCAGAACUGUUUUCAGAGUUAAAUGGAAUUUAUGGUGGGAAAUUAUUUGAUUUAAUUACCAAAAACAGAGACAAAAGUGAUAAUAUCAGCAGUUAUUCCUCUAAUCCUCCACAUGAGCUUGAAGGUGCUUUGAAUGAGGGAAGGGGAUCCCUCUUCUCAGAACUGGUCAACCUAAAUGAAGAACUAGUAGCAAUGAAGGCUCAACAGUGUGCAGUUGAGGAAGUGCCUGCAGUGCCUGUUCUGGGAGCAGGAUUGUUCAAUGAGGCCAUUCCCAAUUUGGUUCGUGAUAAAAUUGACUUAAUGCCUUCAUCUCUUAGUCAGGUAGAUACCUCAGUGUUACAACAGUUGCCUGAACCACUGAGAGCUGAUAUACUCGAGCUGCUUCCUGCACACAGAAGGCAGGCAUUCUCUUCUAAUGCUACCUUGGGCCCUUCAGAAAAUCUGCAGGAAUCAAUGGGUACGAAGAUUCCUGAGAACCCAGCUGGAUCUAUUGAUGCUGUUGGAAACAAUAAUCUUUGGGUUGGAAAUCCUCCACUUUGGGUUGAUAAGUUCAAGGCCAGCAAUUUUUUGAUAUUAAACAUGCUGGCUGAUAUUUACCACAAAUACGGAUCAACUGGGAAUUUAUCUCAAAUACUUCAACAUACUGUAUCCGUAACUGUACAUCCUCCAGAUGCAAGUUCUGAUGGCUGGGAUGAAGCUAUUGAUAACUUGUGUGAGCUUCUCAGGCAAUAUAUUAAACUAAAUAUAGAAGUAGACAUUGAAGAGAUCUAUGUUUGUUUCCGUCUUCUUAGAAGGAUUAUGGCGAAGUCAGAAUUUUUCUUAGAAGUAUACAAUACUGUCAUACCUUACCUUCAGACUUCUGUUGGUCAAAACUAUGGAGGAAGAAUGCAUGUAACCUCAUGAGUAGUUCCUCUAACCAUGGAACUUUUACCAUAUGCACACUGAUUUCUCCAUCCAAGGUGCGAACCUUUCAAUUUAUGGGGUAGAUUGCUGUCUUGCCUUGCUUCUCAUCUGUACCACUGCAAGUAUUUGAUUUACAUCUCUUCAGAUAUUUGGUUUGGUUUGAGAUACCUUGAAAAUGCAUUGGUUUCUGGUUCCAUUGUUGUCUUCAGACUACUAUUAAGAUUGAUGAAGUCUGGCUGGCUGCAUAAGUGAUAUUUAACUCAUUAUCAUUUUUGAGGUAUCAAAACCAUUGGAAAGAGUUCUUUGCUAAGGUACCAGAACACACUUGUUUGUCAUACUAGAUGUUGGCUUUUUAUGCUUGCUCACAUGUUGGAGCCACCUUUUCUCUUUUAAUGUCUUCAAGGAAUCUUAUUUGACUCUCCUGCCGGAAUCUUUCAUUGCACUGGAGAUUUAGCAUACUGUUAUUUGAUGGCCUGACUGAAAAUUUGGGCUAUACUUCCAUUAUAGACUGGGUGCUAUGGAAUAAUGUUUACACUAAUUUUGAAUUAGGGAAGUGGUUCAAAGCAGAUUGCAUAAGGGAGCUCCAGUACUCCAACAAUCUCAUCUACACUUAACUCAUGGGUGCUACUUGAAGAUACAUCUCAAAAUUGCUGGUCUUUGCCAAACUGUAUCUGCACUUUAUUCGUGUUUUGGAAUUAUGAGCAGAAGAUGCUUUUAAUCUCUUUCAAAAAGACAGUUUGGAAAAGAUGGGUAUCUCAUGUAAUUUGAAGAAACACUGUAGGGGUAUUUGAUUCAGACAUUUUUGUGCCAUUUAGAAGUUUGGUUGUACCAUCUUCAGAUUUCAUUCAUAGUACUAAAAUUAACAGAAUCUUGAUUCUGUUAAUGUUUUCUCCUUGAUCAUCAAAUUGA